UUGAGCUUCAGCUCACACACACAGCACACCAUGCUCUGAUGCGACAAGCAAGUGGGAAGACAUGUCAGACAUGUCCUGGGAGUUGUGGAGCAUUUGUGGCCGGAUGGCAAUUAGCGGUUCCCACACAUUGUCUUUGAGCGUGAGAAAUGAUAUCACUGUUCGGUCACUUGGUCUCAAAUUCUCCGAUGCGUUGCAGCCACAGAUGGUUGUUGCAGCCACAGUACGUGUACUGAAAGAUGGUUUGUUGCUACCGGAUGCAGCACAAUUGAAAGAUGCUGGCUUGGCAGAUGGUUGCAUAGUUGAGUUGCUGCAAACUGCUGGUACCGAUGUGGUUAUCACGGCCUGCAAUGAUAACGCCGCCCGGAUUUUCUCGCUAGACUCUGGUCAAUGCAGCGAGCUGCGAGGCCAUUUUGGUCAGGUCUAUGCAUGCAGUGUGUCACCAGACAACCGCCACUUGCUGACAGCAUCUGAGGACAAAUCGGCCAGAAUUUGGGAGGUCCUUGGAGAUGCGGUGGUCGAAAAACGGUGCUUAAGACAUGCUGGUGAAGUCUAUUCCGCUGUGUUUUCACAUUGUGGUAAUUUUGCAGUGACAGCAUCAGAGGAUAACAGCGCGUGUUUGUGGAGGAUGGAUGGGACUCAGAGGUGGACUUUUUCGCACAACGGAGAAGUGUACUUGUCGACAUUCUCAUGUGAUGAUGAGCUUGUGCUCACGGCCUCCGAAGACGGUUCAGCUGCACUGAUCUUUGCCGAGACAGGCGAGUGUCAAUCAAUGUUAGUCGGGCAUGAUUCUGCUGUUAAUAGGGCUGAAUUCUCUCCAGAUGGCUGCCUUGUGGUAACAGCCUCCUUGGAUGCAACCGGCCGAAUUUGGAACAGGCAAGAUGGCGUGCGCACCUACAUUUUACGAGGGUCUCGGUCCGAAGUGAAGUACGCAAGCUUUUCACCCGACAGUAAGCUUGUGUUCCUCACUCAUGCCAAUGGAACGGCUGAGAUGUUUUGCUCGCAUACAGGCAUUUGCACCCGGACGCUUCUCGAUCAUAUAGAGCCUGUUUACAUGGCUGUGUCGUGCCCCAAUUGUAGGGUUGUGGCUUUGGCCAGCGAAGAUGCCAGAGCAACUGUAUGGAACAUCACCUCCGGACAGAAAGAACUGACUCUGGAACAUGCUGACGCAGUCACGUGGAUUUCUUUUUCGCGCUGUGGAAAAUUCAUUGUAACAACAUCGUGGGACUGCACUGCAAAGUUGUGGUAUGCAGAUUCUGGCGAAUGUUUGGACACCUUAGAGGGGCAUGCAAGUCCCGUUAUUUAUGCAGAGUUUGCUACGCUCUACUUGUAGCUGCGUCAGUGCUUUCAUACAGUGGCCAGUCGAGUCCAGGCCAACAUGACAAGGGAGCAAGUAUCGACAUCAACUAUCCAGGGUGAGUAGGUAGGUGUCAAGACAGUUCAAAGCCUGGCAAUGCCCGACUCAUCAGCAAAUAAGUUUAUCAACAUCCCCCAGCGUUUAAACAGGGUGUUGGUAUGUAUUGGUUUUGUUUUCUUGUACAAUGUACAAUCCUAGCUGUUUCAGUAUUUUGCAAUAUCUUGGAGUCUAUUUUGAUUUUUCUCCGGAAUGUAGCGAGGGUUCCGUCUAUAGUCUGGGGGCUUGGGGGCUGGACCUAUGUUCGCCUCGUGUUGUCUCGUGGCCCGGGACGUGUCGCGUUCGACCCGUGUGUGACCAAAAAUUCCUGCCGUUGGGGGAAGCUUUUCGAACAGAUCCGAGAAGUGUCCGAUUCACAGCGUAGCAUGUUUUCCGCGCAGCAUUUCGUGAGGUCAGCAGUCACAUUUCGUCGCUGUGCCA